AUGCGUCUCGCAUCCACACUAUUCGCCGCGGCGGCCCUCGCGUCCACGGCAUUGGCCGCCUCCAACUGCAACGGCAACGACGCGCUCUGCCAGCGACUCUACUCCAACGUCACUUACAUUGGCACCCACAACUCGUACGCUGUGGGCGUCAACGCGGCCGACAACCAGGCCAAGGAUGUGACCGCCCAGCUGAACGACGGUGUGCGCGCUCUUCAGGUCCAGACCCACACCAGCGGCAGCACUAUCAAUGUGUGCCACUCAUCUUGUGCUCUCAAGGACGGCGGCACCCUGCAGGACUACCUCUCAAAGGUCGCUGCGUGGAUGAACAGGAACCCCAAUGAUGUCGUCACCAUGGUUAUCGUUAACAUCGACAACCACAAGCCUGCCGAGUUCCAGGCCAUCUUCCAGGCCGCCGGCCUUGACACUCUCGCAUACGCCCCCACGCAGGCGGCUACCAGCGUUGACCAGUGGCCCACUCUCGGCUCGCUCAUCGACUCUGGCAAGCGCCUUGUCGUGUUCCUCGACAACAGCGCCGACUUUGCUGCUGUGCCCUGGAUCAUUGACGAGUUCACCAACAUGUGGGAGGACAAGUACAAUGCUGUUGACCAGCAGUGGGCGUGCGCGGUUGACCGUUCGAACGGCCAGUCCAACUCGAUGAUGUACAUGAUCAACCACUUCCUUGACAAGGAGUACCAGAUCUUUGGCCAGACCGUCCUUGUGCCCAACAAGGACAAGCUGAACGAGACGAACGCCGCCGAUGGUGCCGGCUCUAUCGGUUUCCACGUUAGCAACUGCAACAUGCUUUACGGUCGCAACCCCAACGUCAUCCUGCUCGACUACUAUGACUCAAACGGCAAUGCGCCUUUCGUGGCCGCCGCGCGGAUGAACGGCAUCCCUGAGCCCACCACCGUGGUGACCCCCUCGCCUAAUGUUGGAUCAGACGGUGCUGCGUCUGCGUCGGGCUCUGGUGCUGGCGGCACCCAGAUGUCUGUGACGUCGCUCAAGGCCAAUGCCGUGUCUCUGCUUCCAGCCAACGGUCUCGCUGUGAUCGGCACGGCCAUGGUCGGCCUCGCUGCCGGCGCCUUCAUGCUCUAA